AUGUACCACACGACCACUUGCACGUGGUCUUAUGUAUGGGGGCAACCCUCAUCCCUCCCUUGCCCCCAUCCCUCCCUUGCCCCCAUCCCUCCCUUGCCCCCAUCCCUCCCUUGCCCGCAUCUCUCCCUCUUCCCCACUCUAUACUCCUUGCCCUUCAAACUCUACUCUCCCUCCAUGCUCCCUCCUCUCCCUCAGCAAAUCCAUUUACUCCACCAUCCCUCCCCACCUUCUCUCCGCCCCAUCCCCCCCCCUCUAGUGGCAUUUCUGACGGGGGUGGCCUGGGCAGCAGCAGCGGCAUGGGCUUUGGCAGGAAGCGCACAUGAACUUCCUUCUCCUCCCGUUCCAUCCAUCACAAACAUUGAAAUCAACCUCGGUGGCCUGGGCGGCAGCGGCGCCAUGGGCUUUGGCAGGAAGCGUGCAGGAACCCCCUUCGCCUCCUCUUCCUCCUCCUUCCCUCGCAGCAGCAGCAUAGGAGCUUUGGGGGGAAAUGAUGAUGAUGAUGACGAUGAGGGUGGUGCUGCUGGUGGUAUGGGCGGCAGGGGGAUGGGGGGUUUCGGAGGAGCAGGUGUGAGGGGAGCAGCAGGAGGAGCAGGGGGAGCGGGAGGAGCGGGAGGAGUGGGCGGGGACGGAGAUGAGAUGGAAGAGGAUGAUGUUGCUGCAGGCUCUGAUACCAGUAGCAGCAGCAGCAGCAAGUCUGCGGGCUCGUCUGGGGGGAUACUGGGUUUUUUCUCGAGCAUGUUUGGGGGGGGGAAGAAGACAGGCUCAGCUGGGGAAGGGGCCACUGUUGGGGGCACCAGUGGAGCAACUGGUGGGGGCUCAGCAGGUGAUUGGGACGAGGAGGAGGAGGGUGGUGUGGGCGUGGGAGGGAACACAGGAGGGAGUGCAGGAGUGGGUACAGAACGGGGUUUAGGAGGAGGGGGCUUGGGGGGCGUUGUAGGAGGGGGUAUGGGGAGGAGCAGCAGGGCGUCUGGGUUUGAGGAUGGGGAGGAGGAUAUGGAAAGCUGGCAGGGAACAGGAACAGGGGUGGCAGCAGGUGGCAAUCAUACCGCUAGCAGCAGCAGCAGUUUGGGCGGGGGUGGUGGUAGUGGGAGCAGCGGCUCUGGCCUGUGGUCGUGGUUUUCUAAGAAGAGUAGUGGUGGUGACAGCAGCAGCGGCGUUGAUGCCAGCGCUGACGUGUCAUCCAUAGCAGCAGGGGCAGGGGCAGCAGCAGGGGCAGGAUCAGGAGCAGCAGAUGUGCCGGGUGGGGGUAAUGUAGAUGACUAUGAUGGGGAUGGGCAGGUGGGUGGAGGGGCAACAGGAGGUGCGGGAAGGAUGGGAGGCGUAGGGGGUAGAGGUGCCGGAAUGGGAGGUGCAGGAGCAGCAGCAUUAGCAGGUGGGGGUGAUGUAGAUGACUAUGAUGGGGAUGGGCGGGUGGGUGGAGGGGCAUUAGGAGGAGGUGCGGGAAGGAUGGGAGGUGUUAAGGGUAGAGGUGCCGGAUUGGGUGGUUCGGCCAUGGGAGGUUUGGGCAUGGGAGGUUCAGGCAGGGGAGGUGCAGGCAUGGGAGGUUCGGGCAUGGGAGCUGGGGGCAUGGAUGGUGGUCCGUUCCAGCGGAGUGGCUCGUUUGGGGAGCGUGGCGAUGCAGAUGCAAUGGAGGGCAGCAGGGUGGGGCGUGGGGUGGGGAGGAGCAGGGCGGGGAGAGUGAGGGGGCGUCCAGGCAUGGAGGGGUUGGAAGAGAUGGGAGCAAGAGAGGGUAUGGAAGCAGGGGACGGCAUUGGGGGUGGUGGGACUGGUGGGGGUGGCAGAGGAGGCAGGAGUGGGUUCAGGAUGGGUCGGAUGGGCAACUCUGGUGGAGCUGCUGGUUCUGGGGCUGGUUUUGCUAGUGGUGGUGCUGGUGUUGGUGGUGCUGCUGCUAGUGGUGGUGUAGGUGGGUUCAGAAGACCAGCAGCGAGCGUGUCGCUGGUGCUGUCAGAGGGCGCGUCGUCGGAGAUUCUCGCGUGCUCCUUCCUGAUGGCCACCACCAUGCUCGUCGCUUACAUCUCUAAGAAACACCACUGGGAUUUUUUCCGCAAUUUCUGGACCAUCACCCUCUUUGCUGUGGUGGGAACGAUCAUAUCCACGCUGGUGUACGGGCUUGCCACGUACUCCCUCGUCCGAGCUGGCAUUGUGACCCACAUGACGUCAGACUCGCCUCUCCUCGAGUCUCUCAUCUUCGGAUCCCUUAUUUCCGCCAUUGACCCUGUUGCUACGCUCUCCAUCCUGCAAGGCGCCAACGCUGCUCUACAACCUGGUGUUUGGAGAGAGACUCGUGAACGACGCCAUCUCCAUUGUGCUCUUCCGCACCUUCGCCUCCUUCACACCUUUGCUUCCCCCUGUCCGUUCUUGCCUCACCCGCACGUGGCAGACGUGCAGGCGCCAACCCUGCUCUACAACCUGGUGUUCGGAGAGAGCCUUGUCAACGACGCCGUCUCUAUCGUGCUCUUCCGCACCUUCGCCUCCUUCACCAAUCAGGAGUUCUCCAUGGCCAGCAUCGCCACUGCCAUAGCGCUCUCAUGCUUCUCCAGACCCCCUUAUGACCCACUUCUCUCCUACUUCACCCACCACCCUCCUCCCCCUUUCACUCUCCCCAACCCAACAGUCCAGUUUCUGGGCAUCAGUGUGAAAUCCAUCCUCCUAGGAAUCCUCGUGUCCCUCCUAUGCGCCCUCGCCCUGCGCUUCAUCGACAUCAACAGCGACUUCUCCAAGUUCCAGCUCUCUCUCGUGCUCGUCUCCCCCCUCUCCUUCGAUUUCUCCAAGUUUGAGCUCUCUCUCGUGCUCGUCUCGGGCUACCUCUCCUACUCCGUGGCUGAGAUGCUCUCUCUGUCUGGCAUCAUGGCGCUCUUCUUCUGCGGCAUCUGCAAUGCACACUACGGGGCAGAGGCAAUCAAGUUCGAGCUCUCCCUCAUGCUCGUCUCCGCCUACCUCUCCUCCUCCGUGGCUGAGAUGCUCUCUCUAUCCUGCAUCAUGGCCCUCUUUUUCUGUGGCAUCUGCAACGCUCAUUGUGGGUACUACAACAUCUCACAUGCGUCCAAGAUCAGCAGCAAGUAUGCGUUUGAAGCGCUCUCCUUCAUGGCAGAGAUGUUCGUCUUUGCCUACCUGGGCAUGCAGGUGGUGGUGAUGCAGCAUGUGAUUGACUGGGGUCUGCUGCUCUCCGCCAUUCCUCUCUGCCUCAUAUCUCGAGCCUUCAACGUCUUCCCUCUCUCCUUCCUCUCCAACUGCACUCAGGCCAACAAGAUCCCCGCCAACAUGAUUCUCAUGAUGUGGCUCAGCGGGCUAAGAGGCGCCAUUUUUGGCCAACAAGAUCCCUACCAACAUGAUUCUCAUGAUGUGACUCAGCGGGCUGAGGGGCGCCAUUGCCUUCGCCCUUGCCCUCAACAUGCCUCCACUCUCUCCCCUGCCCUUAUACCCCCCUGCCCCCUGUGGUCCCCUGUGUCCCCCCCUGCGGCCAACAAAAUCCCUACCAACAUGAUUCUCAUGAUGUGGCUCAGCGGCCUGAGGGGCGCCAUUGCCUUCGCCCUCGCCCUCAACAUGCCUCAGCGCAACCCUGCCAUCAUCUCCACCACCCUCUUUGUCGUUGUGCUAACCACCGUCGUCAUGGGCGGCUCCACUUGUCCUCUUCUGCGCGCUCUGGGCCUCUCCGCCGCCCACCCGCACACUCCCAAACAUGCACGCGCCUCUCUAGCUGAGGCAGCAGAAGCAGAGGAACAACUGGAGCACCAUCAUUCCAUCCGCACUGUACCCUCUUUAGACGUCCCCCUUAUAGGCGGUCGUAGCCUCAACGACCUUCUAUACAUGCAGCGAUCCCACUCACUCUCUUUCGCCCCCCCCUCCGGCCUCCACAAGUGGUUCAAAUGGCUAGACACGCAUUACUUAAAGCCACUGUUCGGCGGCAGGGCGUUUAGAGACCAGCACUUAUCCGAGCAGCUAAGUGUCGACGAGGAGGAGGCAAUGGAGGGAAUCCCCUGCUUUUCCUACCGUGGGAUUGGAUUCUCGCUAAGUGUUCCAAGGAACUGGGUGGAACAGCUGCCAUCCGCGUUUGAAGACCAUGUGCUGGUGAAGUUUAGUGACCCCGAUGUGACUAUAGACGGCGACCCUGUAGCAGAGCUUGAUGUUAUCUGUUUUUCUGUCCGCCCGUCCGGGAUUUCGUCUCUGACCGAAUUCGGGGACCCGAUGAAUUUCCUGCUGACCGAGUGGGAUGAUAUCUGCCCGGAGCUCGCAGCUGGUGUGAGCGCAAGCAGCAAGGUUGGCAGCAGUGGUGGGGAUACUAGCAAGGCUGGUGGUGCGGGCACUAGCUCAGGGGGAUUUCUCCCAUCAUCUUCCAGUCAGAGGGGCGAGCCUUCGGGGACUAGUGGUCGAGAGCAGACCUCCCAGGCUGCCCUCCCGUCCAUGCCCAGCCUUGCUCGGGCACGCUCACAAACUUCCCAUGCUGCCCGAGCUGCCCCGGCGUUUGUCAUUUGGGCAGAAGAAUUGAUUUCUGCUGGGGGAAAGUUUUUCCGGUAUGAGCUGGUGGUGCAUCCGGAGGACCUGGGGGAUCACAAGGCGGAUAUUCAGCACCUGCUGCUGUGUGCAGGGGUAUCAAACGGUGCUGUGCAUGUUUGUAGGGUGAGGGGCACUGAGGCCUUUUUCUUUGAUGGCAGGCCGCUGCUGAAACACAUUCUGGACUCUUUUGCCCUGUCGUGA